GGGCCAGCAACAAUGUGACAGACAACACAGCCCCUUGCUCUGCUCUCCUCGCCGUAGUAGUGGAUAUCUCCUCAAUGAAGUACGUGCCGAGGCGAUCCACCGUGGUCCGCCUUCUCCGCGUGCAACCGAGCGAAAUGCACCGAGCAGCCGCGCGAUCUCCAGCGGCAGUGGCACGAGCAGCAUCCCGCGAGGAGCAGCACAGUUUUUAGGGUGCUGUUAAAUCCUGGGCCAGACGGACAUGAAGGAAUAAUCUUGGUUUGGCCCAGGACUGACCUGAGGGCUGUGGCCUGGGACACUGGUGUUUGGGCCUGUGCAUGUAAGCCUGUGAUGAAGUCCAACAUGAGGCAGUGGCGGCGGAUGGUGCUGGCGGCCAUGUUGGCGUGGGUGCUCCUCUUCCUGGGCCUGCUCUCGUACUUCCUGGACGCUCGGGUGGGGGAGCCGCUGACCUCUGCUGGCUCUUUACUGUCACAGCACCCCGACAUCCGCCGCUUGGCCUCUAUACAGGCCGCCAUCACAGGCUUCAGACCUGAGCCCGUCACUGUGACCGCUCCGUACCAGGGAGAAGAGGCCAGACCAGGACCAGGCAACAGCUCCCCCACACCUGAGUCGAGUGUGGAGGGAACGCACACCCCCAACAGCGCCCCCUAUGGAAGCCAAGAGGUCAGUCAACAGGAUUAUCUUGACCCCCAAAGUCUGGCUGCAUGGUCCUCGUUUGGCACAGAGAACGUGGAUGGUCCUGGAGCACACAGUCGAGACAGGACCUCCCAACAGAACAUGGACUAUCAGAACAAUGUUAGCAACGUCCCCGAGGAAGAGGAGGAGGACGAAGACCUUGACAACAGACUGAGGGCCACAGCACGCCGAAGGUCUGGUGGAGACUCCAGAGAUUUGGAAGAGUAUUACUUCUCCAAGUCAUACUCAGUGGUGCAGCGUUUGUGGAGGGGCAAAGUGUCUUCUGGGAUGUUGAGUCCUCGUCUGCAGCGUGCCAUGAAAGACUAUGUGAGCUCCAACAAGCACCAUGUCGUGUACAAGGGAGAGCGCCGACCAGCCCAGAGCCCCAAAGAACUGCUCUGUCAGAUCAAGAGCCAGGCCAAGCUCGCCACUGUGGAUGGGUCAGAGGAGCCCUUCAGGUCUCUGGGAUGGGAGCGUCUGGUGCCCUCCCUGCCUCUGGAGCAGUUGCACAGACGUGGAGGUCCGGACUCUUUUAAAACCUGUGCUGUGGUCACCUCCGCUGGUGCCAUCCUGCGCUCAGGUCUCGGCAAGGAGAUUGAUACGCACGACGCAGUGUUACGGUUCAAUGCGGCGCCAACAGAUGGAUAUGAGAGAGACGUGGGCAACAGGACCACUAUACGCAUCAUCAACUCACAGAUAUUGGCCAAUCCACGACACCGAUUCAACACCAGCUCUAUCUACAAAAACGUCACUUUGGUGGCGUGGGACCCAGCACCCUACAUCGUUGACCUGCAUAAGUGGUACACCAACCCGGACUACAACCUGUUUGGCCCCUACAUGCAGCACCGCCAGCUCCACCCAGACCAGCCCUUCUACAUCCUACACCCAGCCUUUGUGUGGCGGCUCUGGGAUGUGAUCCAGAGCAAUACUAUGGAGAACAUCCAGCCCAAUCCCCCCUCAUCGGGUUUUAUAGGUAUCCUCCUGAUGAUGGCGCUGUGUGAGAAGGUGCAUGUCUAUGAGUACAUUCCGUCUGUGCGGCAGUCAGACCUUUGCCACUACCAUGAGCGUUACUUCGAUGCAGCGUGCACUCUGGGGGCGUACCACCCUCUGCUGUACGAGAAGAGCCUGAUCCAGAGGCUCAACACUGGGCCUGAGAAUGACCUGCGCAGGAAGGGCAGGGUCACUCUGCCCGGGCUCAGCACGAUAGACUGUGGCGUCUGAAUACUGCAUCCCAUCCUCUUAGACAUUGUACACACUGGCCUAUGGGGGGCUGAAGAAGGGUGCAGUGCAAAAAGGCCUGGAAUCUGCAGCUUACAUAAACACAGUAAGCCAUAGGUAUUCCCACGCAGAGACAUUAACUGGACCAUGGUGUCGUCAUCAAGAUGUUUACUGCACCAAUAGGACAAAGCAAUGGGAUGUUCUGUUCUGCUUUAGCUGAGCCAACUUAGAUUUGGAGCUUAGGUUAGGACAAGUUUUUAGACUACAAUAAGAGUGUGAUUUUAAUAGAUGCCAUGUUUUAUGAUUGUUCCAGUGGAUGUAUUGUUUUUACAUACAAUCAUAAUGUCAUCUCUGCUGACUGUCUUAAGUACAUACACACUUUUACAAGGAGGGGUGGGGGGACUUGACUUUUUUGCUGGGCUGGAUAAUGUUGUUCCAGUUAUAUUCAAAAUUAGACUGGCGCAUGUCAGUCAAACAAUCACAUUUUUAGGGUUAAUUGAAUCAUUUGCAGUUAUUUUAGGACACUGUUUUUUAUUAUGUAUUUUUCAAAAUGUCUGGAUAAUGGGGCCAAAUUGUUUCAAAGAUCAACAAGUGCUCAGACCAAUGGACCACACUUGAACCCCAAAACAGUGGGGCCAGGAGAACAACACUUAGGAUGAAUUGCUGUAGGAGACCUGCUGUAUGGACCUCCAUGAUAUAAACUCUCUGAUGGUUAGGUGACUUAAUUGAAUGUAAUUCCUGUCUGGUUCUUAGUGCACAGUCCCGAGCAUGUGUGUACCACUGCAGGGACAUUCUUUAAAUAUGUAACAACACGAAGCUCAUUUCCUACAGCGAUAACCCUUCAAUAUUGGUCUGUAGCAUCUUCAGAUCAGAGACAUACCACUUAUACUUCAAAGAUUUGUUCAGGCUCUGGUUGGACUUGUUUUCUGUUUAUAAGCAGUGCCACAUCUCUGCCUUGGAAGGUAAUGGCUAUGCAUGGAAGAUAGUUAGAAGUUGUUUUUUUUUUUUUUUUUGGUUUUUUUAACCUUGCAGAAAAUAAUCUUGUAUCAUACUUGUUGAGUCUUUCUUGAGAUGUUUUCUUGGCUGUGCUGGUAAAGAGAGUGAAUAAUGUAAAGGACAUGUUUUACGUAUUAUAGUGUGUGGGAAAAGGAGGGAUGUAGUUUUAAUAAAACAUAAAGUAUGUGUUAGUUGGGCUAAAAUGCUUGUUAUUCAAUAGUGCUAUUGUUUAAUAUUAGACAACUAGAAGAACCAACACAAUAAUAACAUUACUCUAAUUAUCUAUAGCUCUUAAUUAAAGUGAGAAGCUAAAUGGAAUUAAUUCUGUUGUGUAAUUCAGUGAAUUAAACUUGCGACUAAUCCUGGUACUUCAUCACAUUGAUGCAAGCUGAGCUAAAUCCUAUUUUAACAUGACUGCUCACUGAUUUGAAUUUAACCGUGCUGUCUUUAAUCCUUAUUGAAGACUUGAAUAAUAGCUGUUUAAGAUGCAAUUUGUUAUAGUUGUGGAUACAUAAGCUACUAAACAAUUUCCAUUCUACUUUUAUGUGGUUUGUUUAUGUUUGGUUCAGUAAGUUUUAAAUAAAAAAUGGUAACUGCAGUAAAAUUAUUAUGAAGAUUGACAAUGAAAUUUAGGGUCAACUUUUUGUUCAUGUAGAUUUGAACAGUGCGUUUUAGACUAUUGAGAGAUGAAAUCAUUGUUUUCUUGGUUGUGAUUGUAACACUGUAUAUUUUAUGUACAUUUAGAUGCUGGCCUUCCAGUGCACACAGCAUGUCAGACUGUAUUAGGGUUAAGAGUCUAAACUGUCUGCUGCCCUGUGCCACAGUAGUUCCAGUUAAAGUCCUGAGCAGCUAAUUCUGAGCAUGUUUGUGUGGAGGGAAAGGGCAGGCAGCUGCGUGGGGCUUGUGAUUCCCUGGGAGCUCUUAAUAAUAAUGUGCAGCGCCUGAGGGAAGUCUUACCUGUGCAUCUCAAUAUAGUUGUGCCAAACUCCUUUUUAAUUAUGUCAUUUUAGAGAGCUUAAUGAGGGAUACAGUCUCCUUGCUGGACUAUAGGUGCUCUGACCAAGAGUAGAUUUUAUUUAACCUAUUGUAUGGGAAAACAUGAAUUGCCUAAAAAAGAAAGUUGGACAACCUUAUCUGUUUUUUUAUCAAAUAAUUUUCUUUACUUGAUUUUAUUCAGAAUUGUUGCAGUUCACUGCCUGUAAGGACUCAACGUUCUCGUUUAUUUGACACUUCUGCUGUUAGUGUUAAAGUGUAUUGAACAGAGACUAAAUCAUCUCUGCCAUGCCUGAGUUUAUGACUUAACUCCUCUUAUAACACUUGAACUGUUAUUUAAAUAUUUGUAAGUGUCUUUUUUACUGUGUAAAUAAAGAUGUGGUCAUGUCAUGCCUUA